CAUUAAGUGCCUAUUGUGUGCUAGGGAUUCCAAAGCACUUUAAAAUAUACAAGGCACUUUCCUCACAAUAGCCCCGAGGUCAUAGAAGAAUCAGGGAGGGCAAAUGACUUGUUCCUGGUCACCUGUUGGUUACAGAUUUGGGACUCAAGUCCAGGACUUCAUGUUGCCUCUCAGUCAUUCAUUUCUCAGAGCAAAAAUGUCUGAAUUUUGUUUUCUUCUCUUCUACUCCUUCUGCCUUGGCGGGGCCGGAUCUAGACAGAGAAACAAGGGAUCUUUAAGGUCAGGCUGCUCUGCUUCAGAGAGGUGGAAAAAGAAAGACCGUGGAGAUGGGGGUUCAGCCGCAGAUGUACCGAGAAAGCCCCCCUCCAGUGCGGGGGAAGAUCGCGCCAUCCUCCUGGGCUUUGUAAUGAUGGGUUUUUCGGUUCUGAUGUUUUUUUUACUCGGAGUCACCAUUCUAAAACCUUUCUUGCUCAGCACACAGCGAGAAGAGGCAAACUGUACCAUCAUGGACACACGUGUGAAGGAUGAUUGGCUGGACUGUUCAUUCACCUGCGGGGUGGACUGCCGGGGCCAGGGCAAGUACCCUUGCCUCCAGGUGUCCGUCAACCUCUCCCAUUCUGGCCAGAAAGCUUUUCUGCACUAUAAUGAAGAAGCUGUUCAGAUAAACCCAGAGUGCUUCUACACACCGAAGUGCCAUCGGGAUAGGAACGAUCUCCUCAGCAGCGCUCUGGACAUCAAGGAAUUCUUCGACCACAAAAACGGGACCCCCUUCUCCUGCUUCUACAGCCCCGACGGCAAGCCCGAGGACGUGGUCCUGAUAAGAAAGUACGACCACACGGUGGUCUUCCACUGCGUGUUCUGGCCGUCGCUGACGCUGCUGGGCGGCGCGCUGAUCGUGGGCAUGGUGAAGCUGACCCAGCACUUGUCGGUGCUGUGCGACGAGUACGCCCACGUGGCGAGAGAGGACGCGGGCAAGGCCGCUUCCCAGAAGGAACUGCGCCCGCACAGACUGUGGAGGAAGGGGAGAGAGAAAGGGAGGAAGCCAGGGCUCUCGGGAGGGUGGCCCAGUUAGAAACCUCGUCCUCCCCGCUCUUGGCCUUCCCCGAUUUAGGGAGGGCCUGCACAAGGCUGCCCGCAAGUGGAUUCUGCACCAGGCAGUUACGUGGUCUUUCGGGUGUGAAAAAAGGGCCACGAACGCCUUUUAGCAAACUUUCUCCCCCGCUCUUUCCCUCCCGGCUAAAAGAAGAGGCUUCGACCCCUCCGCCCCAGGCACAGCCAGGCUCCGGAUGGUGAGUCUGCCUAGCCUGAGGGAAGGCGCCGUCUUAAGUGGGAUGCAGCCUAGGGGGUCCCCCCAACCUGCCUUAGGCAGCCGCUCAGUCCUUGGAGAAAGCUGGAACCCUACUGCAGAUUAUCUAAACUCUCCUCCGUGCGGCUUCCCACAAGCCGCCUGCCUGAGGUGGAGCUGGCCAGGGUUUAGCCUUUACUCUUCCCACAAAAGGAGCCACAGCGAGCUGUGCUGCCAAAGAUCCUGCCAGGAUGGACGCUGAGACUUUAAGAAUGAUUUUCAGAUCAAUUCUGAGCAACCUGGUGGUAGCCUGUUUUGGCGCCCACCGUGUCUCAAUAACAUUUAAAAUCAAUCAAUCA